AUGUCCGUCACCACCAAAGCUACCAUCGCCUCUUUCGGCGGCAAGCUGCUUAAGCUCAGCCACAAUGCCACUACCACUCGCUGCGAGAUGUCCUUCAACCUCUACUUGCCUCCGCAAGCUCAGACCCAGAAGGUCCCCGUGUUGAUCUAUCUAUCCGGUCUAACCUGCACGGCGGACAACUGCUCCGAGAAGGGUUUCUUCCAGCACGGUGCUAGCAAGAAGGGAAUUGCCGUGCUUUACCCUGAUACCAGCCCUCGCGGUCUUAACAUUGAAGGCGAGAACGACGCUUACGACUUCGGCUCUGGUGCUGGCUUCUAUGUUGAUGCUACAAAGGCCCCCCUACGACCAGGGCUAUAA